AUGAACUGCASCAAAGAUAAAACAUAUUUUUUUCCACCUGAAGAAGUUCACAAAGUAGAGUUUUUUUGGAAAAAACAAUUYCUUGAUACGAAAGUUUUUUUAGAGGCUAUUUUCGUAUUAGGUCCAAUGGGUGCUGGCAAAACAACGAUAAUUGAAAGCGAAUUUUUUUCUCACCCUGUUUAUUCCAACUAUGCUUUUUUUUUUACAGACGAAAUUAUGGGCAGGAUACCCUGUUUUACGUCAGAUAAGGUAGAACAAUACUAUCCUAUUGCUCGCGGGAUAGCUAUACGACUAACAGACUGGAUCUUGGAGCAAAGAAUAAGUUUUAUUGCUUUUUUUACUUGUGUGAAGUACUUGGAGUUGAUAUUUUUUUUGCAACGAUUAAAGAAUGGAGGAUAUGUUUUUUUAGUAAAGCGAUUGCCUAAAGUGCCUUUAGAUUUGAUACUGAAGAGAAGCAAGAACAGGUUAUUUUUUUUAGUGCCAGAACAUGUUGUUAGUUCUAUUUAUACUGGCUCAGCAGAGGGACUGGACCGCCUUUUUUUUUUCAAUAAAACAAAYUCGUUAUUCGAAUUUUUUUAUGAAAUCAGUGAAAAUGGCAUAUUUGAGAAAUCGUUCGAUUCAACCAAUGGCGUUCACUAUUUUUUUUAUUAA